UGCAGAAGGAGUGAGGGGCCCUUGGAGCUAAUUGGCAGCGGGAGUGACAAAGGUGGUCUGCUUCAAAAGAGAAAAAGAGAAACCCUGGGUCAUGUGUGCUGUUUUGGUGGACUAUUUUGAUGAGAGAAGUUGUUCGAGAGGCACCAUUGGAGCUAAACGCUGAUUGAAGAUGAGUGAGGUGAAAGCGGAGGAGAGCAUCAUGGCAUACCUAUCCCAGAGUGAGACUGAGAAAAGCCCCAAAGACUUGAACGUGGUGGCCAUUCUCCAUAACUUCUGGGAGCAGAAACAGGCUGCCUCCAGUCAGUCAGACUGUCCCGGUGGGAAGGCAGCCGGCCAGUCAGAGAUCCUGCUGUUGUAUGAAUCUGCGCCUUCCCCUGGUCCCCCGUACAUCUGCUAUGUCACACUUCCUGGAGGAAGCUGCUUUGGUAACUUUAAGGUGUGUGACACUCAGGCAGAGGCUCGGAGAGAUGCAGCCCGCGUGGCGCUGAUGAACUCUCUCGUAAACGAGUUGCCGUGCCGACGCAUCAACCCUCAGUUCAUCGCUCAGAGUUUGCACCAGGCGGCCAGAGACAGCGCCGUCUCUAUAGAAGAUGCGUCUGAUUCAAGCACCAGUAUAGGAACCUACAGCUUGUUGCUCCACUCCUACAUGGGAAAGACCAUGCUGGAGUUCCAGGAGAUGAUGACAAUUUUCCAGUUGUUGCACUGGAACGGGACGCUGAAGGCUCUGAGAGAAAGGCAGUGCUCUCGGCAGAGUGUGAUUGCUUAUUACUCUCAGCGGGGCCUUGAUGAGUACAUGCGCAGCAGCAUGGCUCUGGAUUGGCUCGGGCGUGAGCAGAGCUCGCCGGGGCUGCUCGGACUGGAGCUCCAGCUGGCUCAGAGGGAGCUGGUGUUGGCCAGGCGUCGAGGCGUAGAGCUGCGCUUUUACAAGGAAAAGACAGAGAUCCUCAGCUUGGCCUUGAGCCAAGCAUACGUACGCCACACACCGAAUGUUUUCAGCCAGGCAUCAAGUCACACAUACCAGCGAGACCCACUUCCUUCACACCCAUUUUACAGCGAGGACACAGACAUGCAGAUGACUCCACUCUGCAGUCCUUCACCAGCCCUCCAUAAAAUCACAGCGCAAACAGUCUGCCAAACCUUUGCCAAAGGCGUACCUUCCGACACACCUUCACCACAUUCAGAGCAGACUUUUGAACCCUUCGAAUAGACUGGGAAGACGGUAGAAGUUGUCAUGAAUGAAUGGGUGUAUAAAUGUUGCUUCAUAUGGAAAUUAUUAAGCAUUUUCACAUACACCAUGUUUUCUGUAAAUGUCACUCAGAGCUCAGUAAAAAGUGUUUUUCCUUAACUAUCGUUUUAUUAAAAAUGAAAGUUAAUGUGUUUGUGACUUUAACCACAAGAAGUGCGCCAUUCUAAUUGUUUAGAUAAAAGUUGUAAUGCCUUUAAAUGUGUUUUUGCAUGACGUCCACUCUCAUUUAUGGCAUGACAUUUUAUUAAAGCUCAGUUUUGUUGUCUCGUUUGAGACGUGUAUUAUCAUACACAAUGUAGCGUGCAACUUGAGCACAGGAAUUUCACAAUGAUUUUAAUUAUUUAGCCAAUGUAAUGUUUAAUCUUCCAGCAGGCCAGUGCUUCUUGCGGCCCUUCUCUUCCCUGUCUAACGUGUAAUCUAAUGCGUUAAUAUCCUUUAUGGAAAUUGCAUUUUAGGGCAAAGCAGUAUACUGUUAUAUGUCUGUAUAUAUCUAUAGGAAAGGUUUUUGGGCUGGAUGCUGUAAAACAGUCUGUUAAACACAAAUGUAUAGCCACCGAGAGCAGCUGGAAGAGAAAAUGCAGUUUGUAUGUUAAGUGUAUAGGUGGCAGCUACUAUUAAAGGAAAUUUCUAUUUUUUUUUAAAUUAAUUACACAGAAGUCCAGAGCAGUGCAUUUUAAAGGGAAAAUUUGAAUUAUUGAAUAUACAUUUCAAAAUAAAGAAAAAAAUUAAAGAUGGCCUGCCUUUGUAUUUGUGUCCAUGCAGAAGUCGCAGGUCACCCCUGUGUUAUUUUAGUC